UUGGCUAACCCGGGCCAGCAGGGUAAAAGUAUGCCGAUGGUCGUUCCCGAGUGUCUCGCUAUAUGGCCGGUAAGGAUACCGUGUGUCCGGUUUUAGUGGGUAUGGAAUCAGUCUGACUUUGGUGGAUAUGGGAUCAGUCUGACUCUCCUCGGACAAGUCUUUUAUGCCCGAGGAAGUCGCAAUGCGUAAAGAGCAUUUCUACACGUUAAAAAAAAGCAUUUCUACACGUUAAAAAAAAAGCUGAGAAUAAAGAGCGAAAGAGACAGGACCAAACUUGUUAGUCUCUAUCUAUUACCCAACGCCGGCCGAACUUUCGAGUUCUCAUGGACAUGCUUUCUCGUUGUGUGCGUCAUCCCUACUCCUUUACUCUCUGGUGACUCUCAUCUUGAAAUUCUCAUCACUGUUCCUGGCUGACAGUAUACUUUUGCGAUUAGAAGACACAAGUUGCAUGCUCAUUGUUAUUAUGGCGAGUGCGCAUCAGUGUUGGGAGCUAACGAGUGAACAGAAAAUUUAUGCAAAGACGCAUUUAAACGAGACUGAUGACAUUAGGAAAGAUGCUCUAGCAGAGAUUAAACGUUGGAUAGAGGAAAGCAGCGACUUAUGCGCACAAACUGAUGAUAUUAGUAUUCUACCAUAUUUGAGGAUUUGUAAGUUUGAUAUCGAGGAAACUAAAAUCAGAAUUCAAAACUAUCACAAAUUGCGGUCCGAUGUACCAGAAUGGUAUACAAAUAAGGAUCCAUUCCAACCGGAAUUACAGGCAAUAUUCGAUUUGAGAAUGUUCUUUUUUCUACGAAAGCCAGACAAUCAAGGAAGAUCCGUUAUCUUCACACGUCCUUGUCUGUAUGAUCCAAAAACAACUAAAUUAUCGGAUCUAAUAAAGAUUGGCAUAAUGAUGUGGGAUAUAAGGCUAAGAAAUUAUGUUGAAACAUCAAUAUAUGGCUACGUUUUAUAUAUGGAUUUAUCCGGUUUGAGUUUGGAUCAUAUUACUGCAUUUGGACCCCGUGUUAUGAUAAAUUUGAUACAUUUGUGGCAGAAAUAUCCAGCAAACUUUGUAACAAUUAACUUCAUAAAUACACCAGGAUUUGCGGAUGCAACUUUGUCACUUUUCAAAACGUUUAUGAAUGAAGACUUGAAAAAAAAGAUUCAUUCCUCCAGGACAACAGAAGGUAGUUUUAAUGAUAUUCCAGCUAAUAUUUUGCCAAAUGAAUAUGGUGGUUCUGGGGGUCCAGUACAGGAAUUAACAGAUUAUUGGAGGAAAUUGAUCGAAGAGAAUCGUGACUGGUUUAUCGAUGAUGAAAAAUAUAAGAUGACAAUAGAUCGAAGCGCUGAAAUAAAUGAGCGAUACACACAAAUUUCUACAUACUGGUAACUUCUUAUGUAUAAGUUUAUGUAUAAUAAACUUAAAAUAAGAGGACGCGUAUGUGUGAGAUAAGUGCCCAAAGGAAUGCAGCAAACGUAACCUUCCUAGCUCUUGUAAAAAUUGAUUAUUCAAAGGAAAAA